UUCGUUGUUCAAAGGUUACGUUUCAGAACAAGAUGUCGGCGCCUUCUGGAUGAAAAUGUUAUUCUUGAUUAGAAUAAUUAAAGUGUUGCCCAAAUAGUUUUUAUUUUAUUUUAUUUAUUUAUGGAUAUCAGAAACCGUAGUGUUUUGGAACCCAGAUCAAAGCGAUUCCUUAGACAUAGGAAGCGUUUGUUGUGCAGUUUGGUUAUUCUAGCCAGCUCCUGUUAGCUAACUAGUUAGCUUUCUUUCCACCCACAUCUAUAAAUUACCGAUAUCUUUCUUAUACCCCCAAAAUGUUGGGGUUUCUGUCAGCACGCCAGACAGGAUUGGACGACCCAUUGCGACUCAGACGCGCCGAAUCAACGAGGAGAGUUCUCAGCUUUGAGCUAAACCCCGACCGAGAAGUGGACCGCAUCCAUAGCAACGGAAUCAACACUCUUGACAUCGAGGUUAUCGAUGGCCGAUACAUGCUGUCGGGCGGGGCCGAUGGGGUUAUCGUGAUCUAUGACCUGGAGAAUGGCAGCAGGAAGCCCCAGUACACCUGUAAAGCAGUCUGCACUGUGGGCAGGUCCAGUCGUUAUGUGCACAAGUUCAGCGUGGAGACGGUGCAGUGGUAUCCUCAUGAUACUGGAAUGUUCAUCUCCAGCUCCUUUGACAAAACAAUGAAAGUCUGGGACACAGAAUCUCUGAAGCCUGCCGAGGUGUUCCAGUUCCAGGGAAACGUAUACUGCCACCACAUGUCUCCCAUCGCCCGGAAACACAGCCUCAUCGCAGUUGGCUCUGAAGACCCUAAAAUCCAGCUGUGCGAUCUCAAGUCUGGGGCGCGCAGCCACAUUCUACAGGGUCACAGAGGGGAGGUCCUGUCAGUGAGGUGGUCUCCCCGCUAUGAACACAUUUUAGCUACCGCCAGUGCAGACAGCAUGGUGCGGUUAUGGGAUGUACGGAAGGCCGCUGGAAGUAUCUUCACCUUGGACCAACACAACGGGGAGAAGUCCAAAGCCUCGUCAGAGGCAGUGAACACGGCGCACAACGGCCGAGUGAACGGGAUGUGCUUCACGCCCGACGGCCUCCUCCUCCUCACCACCGGCACGGACGACCGCAUGCGUCUGUGGAACAGCGCCACCGGGGAGAACACGCUGGUGAAUUAUGGGAAGGUGGAGAACGAUAGCCGUAAAGGCCUGCAGGUGGCCGUCUCUCGGGGGUGCAGCACGGACUUUGCGUUCGUGCCGUGCGGAAGUUCGGUGGAGAUGUACGCCCUUCACACGGGGGAACGGGUCAGCACGCUGAGGGGGCACUACAACAACGUCAACUGCUGCGUCUUCCACCCCGACUACCAGGAGCUGUACAGUGGUGGUAAAGACUGCAACCUCCUGGCCUGGGUCCCCUCCCCCCGCCCCCCUGACACUGAGGAGGAUGACGAGCGUGGCUCUGCUGGACAGGGAGAGGGUCGCGCCGCGGUCAACCCUGCGCUGAGGGACGCCUGGAGCAGCGACGAGGACUGAGUCUCUCCCCGUCGCCACGGCAACGCACCCGGCGCCACACGCCCCCGGCAAACCUGCCGUUCGCUGUGAAUAAAAAUGAAAAAACGGUAUUAAAAGACAGGGCGGGGUGUGUGUGUGUCUGUGUGAGUGUGUGAGUGUGUGAGUGUGUGAGUGUGUGAGAGUGUGAGAGUGUGUGAGUGUGUGAGUGUGAGUGUGUGUGGCAGGACUGGGGUGUGGCGGCCCUGGGUUCCCUGCGCUGUUCGGUAGCUGGAGUCCUCCGGGGCAGUGACUACUCCGCUCAGCCGGUGGGAAAAAGCAGGAAAGGGGUGUGCACGUUUGGGAACGUGCGUGUGCAUGUACAAACAGCCUCCAGACCUGCUAAUGCAGGCUGCCAGCGUGAGAAGGUCCAACGAACACGGGGGAAACUUUCAGGAAUCCUGGAGAGUUCAGAAAAUGAAGCGACAAUACUCCAAAGCCUGCUUAGUAUCUCUCUGUAGGACUGACCCCUGUGGGGCUGGAGCUGGAGCAACUGGGUGCAAACCCCCCCCCCCCCCCCCCUCAGGGACACCGUUUUAGUUGGCAUGCUCCCAUCUGUACAGAAAUCACCGGAGGAAAAUUAUGCACCAAUGGUACUGCGCCCAGGUGGAGAACUUCUGAUGAACUUAUGCCCUUAAUUAAAACUUGCCACGAAGAACAGAGUUGAGUUAGUCUGCAGAAUGUGUAUUUUUAUACAAUAGAAUAAAGGUGUGAUCAUGUUUGUGGUUCUGCAAAAGAGAAAUGUUCAAUUGUUUAUACAGUGGUUAAAAAAACAUUUAGU